AUGGGCACCGAACUGCACUCAUUCGAACAGUGCGACGAGGGCGUCACUGCUAUUCAGCAAAGAACGGCAUAUCAGAGACUUUUGAUAGCAAGUGGAUCAUCGGCGCUGACGGUGCUAAAAGUGAGGCGCAGUUUAAUCCCUUGGAUGAACGGGACUGAAGGUGUUUUUGCAGGCAUAGUGCACAAGCAACUUGGACUCACAUUUUUGGGUGAGACUAGAGACGAUAUCCAGAUUGUGACUGGGGAUAUUCGUUUGACGGGUGUUGGCCUCGAUAGAGUGAUAUGUGCUGUUUCUAAACCAGUCUUGAAGCAUUGGCACCUGUUUGGAAACUUUAACAAACAAGGCCUCUCAUUGUGUGCAACAGAUGAAAUUGGUGAGGACGGCUGGCAAUUUUACCUUUACGGCCGCGAACUAGAUCUCACGAAGAUAGCUGAGAGCGAAGAGCUUGUCUUUGAGACCAUCGCGUUGUUGAUACUAACAGAGAUUACAUUCAAGAAGGUGGUCUGGAUGAGCGACUUCCGGGCCAAUAUCUGGAUGGUGAAUAAGUUUAGCAACCUGGUUAACCUAAGUUCGGCGUCAAAUCCUAACUGUGAUCUGAUCAGUACAUCAAUCCGGGUCUAA